CCCGGCUUACCCGGCAGCAGCGGGGCCGCAGCCGGCUCGCCGCGCUGUACUGAGCCGAGCGGAGCCCGGGGCGGGCGAGCGAGCGAGCGAGCGGGAGGGCGGAAUGGCAGCGGCGGUGCCAGUUGUCGGCCGGCUCCGGAGCGCGGGGUAAUGUGCUUAUCAGUGGAGGAGCUGCCUGAAGCCAGUGAAUGAGGAUCAUGUUUGUGUGUAAAUGACUGCCAUAUGCUUGGUCUGAAGAAGUAAACCCUCAGGUUAUAAAGAUGUUCAGUGCCAGCCAGUCCUCCAAGGCUCAGUUCCUGGACAAAGCCCGGCAGGCUCGGGAGGAGAGGAGGGAGCUGAAGGAGAGGGAACGUGCUGCUGUCCAGGUCCAGGCUUUGGUCAGGAGGUUUCUCUGUCGAUGUCGCCUGCAGAGGGAGAUAAGGAGAGAAGUGGAGGAUUUCUUUGGGGUGAAUGAAUCUGGCUCCAGUAAAAGAAGUGCUCUUUCCAUCUUCAGAAUUGCUAGGAAGCUCCUGUUUGUCUUUGAUCUUAAAGAGGACAAAGAGAGGUUUGAAAAGCUGUGCCGAUGUAUCCUGAACAGUAUGGAUGUUGACAAUGAGCCCAAGGUGUGGUAUGUGUCAUUGGCACUCUCCAAGGAUCUGACACUCUUGUGGAUCAAACAGAUCAAAGACAUUUUGUGGUUUUGCUGUGAGUUUCUCAAGCAGCUUAAGCCUGACAUCUUACAAGACUCCAGGCUGGUCAAUUUGCACCUCACCAUGCUUGUUACCUUCACAGACACUUCUACAUGGAAGAUACUUAGGGGGAAAGGUGAAACCCUGAGGCCUGCCAUGAACCACAUCUGUGCAAACAUCAUGGGACAUCUGAACCAGAAGGGGUUUUAUUCUGUGCUGCAGAUUUUGCUAACUAAUGGCUUGGCAAGAUCCAGACCUUCCUUGUCCAAAGGCUCUUUAACUGCUAUCUUCUCCCUCGCCUUGCGCCCUGUGGUUGCUGCUCAGUUUUCGGACAAUCUGCUGAGGUCGUUUCUGAUCCAUAUCAUGUCUGUGCCUGCUAUAAUGACUCAUCUUGCUACACUAACACCUGAGCGCCUGGCAGUGAUGGAAUCUCAUGAUCUGUUCCGCAAGUUCAUCCUGUUUUUGAGUCGGGAGACACAGUGUGGAGAUGUCUGCAUGUGCUUGGAAGGAAGCCACACUCUCUGCCUGCUGGGUAAUCUUGUGUACUUGGGCUCCAUGAAUGAUAAAGUUCUUGAGGAGGAGACAGCUCACUUUGUGGGUGUGCUCAUUCACAUGCUCUCCUACUGCCAGAAGUAUGUAUCACAAAAGAAAUCCAACCUCACUCACUGGCAUCCUGUUCUGGGCUGGUUUUCACAGACUGUGGAUUAUGGACUGAACGAGUCCAUGCCUCUGCUGACCAAGCAGCUGCAGCACCUCUGGGGAGUCCACAUGAUCCGCAUCCUCUUCAGCGAUGUGCUCAGCAAGAAGCUGCUGGAGAACCAGGACAUAGCUCAGCUGCCAGCACAACCAAUUUCCCCCCAGAACAGCCUUCCUAUGAAGAAUCUUUUCAGGAGAGCUUUCCAGAAGUCUGCAUCUGUCCGCAACAUCCUGAAGCCUGUGGGAGGCAAGCGAGUGGACUCUGCAGAGGUGCAGAAGGUUUGCAGCAUCUGUGUCCUCUACCAAACCACCCUCACCACCCUGACACAGAUCCGCCUGCAGAUACUCACAGGCCUCACUUACCUGGAUGAUCUGCUGCCUAAGUUAUGGGCUUUUAUCUGUGAGCUGGGACCACAGGGUGGGUUAAAACUCUUCUUGGAGUGCUUGAAUAAUGACACAGAGGAAUCCAAGAGGCUGCUGGCCAUGUUGAUGCUCUUCUGCGACUGCUCCCGCCACCUUAUCACGAUUCUUGAUGACAUCGAAGUCUAUGAAGAGCAGAUUUCAUUCAAGCUGGAAGAGCUUGUUACCAUCUCGUCUUUCCUGAAUUCCUUUGUCUUUAAGAUGAUCUGGGAUGGAAUUGUUGAGAAUGCCCGAGGGGAGACCCUGGAGCUGUUUCAUUCUGUCCAUGGCUGGCUCAUGGUCUUGUACGAGCGGGACUGUCGCCGGCGCUUCGCUCCAGAGGAUCACUGGCUACGCAAGGACCUCAAACCCAGCGUGCUCUUCCAGGAGCUGGACAAGGACAAGAAGCGAGCCCAGAUGCUCCUGCAGUACAUCCCACAUGUCAUUCCCCACAAGAAUAGGGUGCUACUGUUCCGGAACAUGGUCACAAAGGAGAAGGAGAAGCUGGGGCUGGUUGAAACCAGCUCUGCAUCCCCUCAUGUCACACACAUCACCAUCCGCCGCUCACGGAUGCUGGAGGAUGGAUACGAGCAGCUCCGGCAGCUUUCCCAGAAUGCCAUGAAGGGAGUGAUCAGAGUCAAGUUUGUCAAUGACCUGGGAGUGGAUGAGGCUGGGAUCGAUCAAGAUGGAGUCUUCAAAGAGUUUCUGGAAGAGAUAAUAAAGAAAGUGUUUGAUCCUGCCCUCAACCUGUUCAAGACAACAAGUGGUGACGAGAGGCUGUACCCAUCCCCAACGUCCUACAUUCAUGAGAACUACCUGCAGCUCUUUGAGUUUGUGGGGAAGAUGCUUGGCAAGGCUGUGUAUGAGGGAAUAGUUGUGGAUGUACCAUUUGCUUCCUUCUUCUUGAGUCAGCUCCUUGGGCACCACCACAGUGUCUUCUACAGCUCUGUAGAUGAACUUCCCUCCUUGGACUCUGAGUUCUAUAAAAAUCUCACUUCAAUUAAGCGUUAUGAUGGUGAUAUCAGUGACCUGGGCUUAACUCUGUCCUAUGAUGAAGAUGUGAUGGGUCAGCUGGUUUGCCAUGAACUUGUUCCUGGAGGGAAGACCAUUCCUGUUACCAAUGAAAAUAAGAUCAGCUACAUCCACCUGAUGGCUCACUUCCGGAUGCACACCCAGAUCAAGAGCCAGACAGCAGCACUCAUCAGCGGAUUCAGGUCCAUCAUUAAGCCUGAGUGGAUCCGGAUGUUCUCAGCACCGGAGCUGCAGCGGCUCAUCUCCGGGGACAACGCUGAGAUCGACCUUGAGGACUUGAAAAAACACACGGUGUACUACGGGGGCUUCCAUGGGAGUCACCGAGUCAUCAUCUGGCUGUGGGACAUCCUGGCCAACGACUUCAGCCCCGAGGAGCGAGCCAUGUUUCUCAAGUUUGUUACCAGCUGCUCCAGGCCUCCACUUUUGGGCUUUGCCUACCUCAAGCCUCCUUUUUCCAUCCGCUGCGUGGAAGUCUCUGAUGAUCAGGACACGGGGGACACCCUGGGCAGUGUCCUGCGAGGCUUCUUCACCAUCCGCAAGAAGGAGCCGGGCGGGCGCCUCCCUACCUCCUCCACCUGCUUCAACCUGCUGAAGCUUCCCAACUACAGCAAGAAGAGCAUCCUGCGGGAGAAGCUGCGCUACGCCAUCAGCAUGAACACCGGCUUCGAGCUGUCCUAGUGCCGCCCUGCCCCUGCUGGGGGCUCUCGGAGCUGCUGCUGCCUGCCGCUGGAGGUGGAGGCCUUCGUGCACGGAGGGAUGGGAUCGGCUCCGCCGGAGCUGACUGCUCGCUCAAGGGCUGGCAAGAAGAUGCAGCUGAUCCCUGGAGCUUUAGAGGGAAGAGCUGCUAGGAUAGGCAGGGCUUGGCUCUUCCUGGGCAUUACUGGAGGAGGUGAUGGGACUGAGCCCGUGGCACUUCCCUGGACACCCCACGUCAGUCGUCUUCAACAGCAAACCCCUGGAGGGGCAUCAAAGGGACGUUCAAAGUGCCAGUCGGAUUAGUGACCAUAAUACUUCCCAGCAGGCUGGGCAGCUGCUGCUGGGAGAGUCUUUUCCCUUUCCCAGGAGAUGAUCCAGUUUCUUACUGGGUGGAAGUCAGGCCUGUGGGAAGCCUCACAAAGGCAGACACAUAAGAGAGCUCCACAAGGAGAAGCUGUGGUGUUGGAUGUGUCCCAGAUGGGCACAGUUUACUCAGGACAGGUACUGUGGUGGUGGGGGGGAGGGGUCUUCCCCAUGCCUUUGCUCUGUGCAAGGCUCUUUUGUGUGUCUCAGAGAAGGAACCACUUGCCCAGGGUCAAGAAGCAGCAGGUUGAAAGCAGGUAGGUGGACCCUAACCACUCUCAGGAAGGUUUUGGUGUGCUGUUGGUUAAGAGCUGAAGCAGCAGGGGUGGGGGCAGCAUGCUCAGCCAGCUGUGUCUGUGCCAAGCCUGUGCUCUGGACAGAAGGGGCUGCUCUCUACAUUUGUUCAGGAGCAGGAAAGGUUUCCAGAGGGCAGGAGCUGGCAGACAGCUCAGGCAGCCCUUGCUCCCCAGCACAGAGCUCAAAUGGGGCAGGUCCCCCCUGUUGGCAAUCUGGAAGGGGAAUGUGUGGAGCUGCUGAGAGCCCUCUGGAAAACCUCUGCUGGCAAAAUUCCUCUUGGAUAGAAGUUUCACUUGGUCUGCAGGCCCUUUUGUUAGGGAGAUGUGCUGCUUGGAAGCAGGACUUGGCCUCUCCCUAACAGCCCUGUUUGCUUUGUUGCCAAACUGUUUAUUUUGGUCGCUUUUGUCUCUCUCUGGCCUCCUUUUGACCAGUCGCUGUUUGCCUGCAGCAGCUUUUUCAGGUGGUUCCCAAAGGCAGGGGGUGAGUGGGAGGUGUGUGUGUGUGGGGGGGGAAGGUGUGGAGCCUUUCUGCCCUUUCCAUCCAAGUCCAGAAGCUGCUUUAUAAAAGUCUCUGCAGCUUCCCAGCCUUGGUCCCCUGUGCUGCUGCAAGUCCUGUUUCAGGCCCAGGCCAGGGGAGAGGAGGGGCAGCUGCCUCCUGGGCUGCCCCAGGUUUCUGGCACAAAUGAAAGCCAUCAACCUUCUGAGCAGAGAAUAAAAGCAUAGACAUGUUGUGGUUGACAGAGACCUUUUCAGAUGAUUGAGUGCAGCCCUUAGCCCAGCACUGCACCACUAAACCACAGCCCUCAGCACCACUUCUGCACAGCUUUGAAACCCCUCUCAGGGGCAGGGACCUCACCACUGCCCUGGGCAGCCUAGGCCAGGCCUUGACAGCCCUUUUUGGGGAAUAAAUUCUUCCUCCUGUUCAACCCAAACCUCCCCUCCGGCAACUUGAGGUCAUUUCCUUUUGUCCUAUCACAUCUUCCUUGGGAGAAGAGACCAACCCCACCUGUCUCCAGCCUCCUUUCAGGGAGCUGUAGAGAGCUAUGAGGUCUCCCCUCAAGCCUCCUUUUCUCCAGGCUGUACCCCCAGUUUCCUCAGCUGCUUCUCACCAGAGCCCUGUGCCCCAGGCCCUUCACCAGCUUUGUUGCCCUUCUCUGGACACACUCUAGCAAACCAAGCCAGGCACCUUCUCCCCUUCCCAGCUGCUGCUCACUGGUCAAAGAAGCUCCACAGAGGCUGGUAGUACCUCCCCUGAACUUCUUUCCCCCUCCUUUCCUUCUUGAGGCACUGAUAGCCCCCAGGUCAGCUCAGAACCUUGCUGCACAGGUCAGGCAGCAGCCCUAGUGCAAGGCUGCCAUCUCCUACCUCAUCCCCUGGCUUGCCUCAGUCCCUGUCACAGGAUUCCCAUCCCUGGGUGUGCUCAGCAUAGCCCAGGCUGCCUGAGCUCUUCAGAAGACCUUCUUGACCACAAUCAGUUGCACACUUCAGGCAACCCAGAAGAUACUUGGCACUGAUCAGCCAAAAGCAUGGAGAUGGCCUUUGCUUCAGUCUUUCCUCUCUGUCUUGCUUCAGCUGGUUUUCAGAGCAGUGACCCUGUUCUGUUUUAGUACCAGUGCCUGGAAAUUGCAGCUGGGAAGUGACAUCAGGAUCCUAUUCUUUUUCCCCUGUCAACUCAGUCAUAUUAAAGAGGAGUGAUGGGAAGUGGUGGUGAAGACAGGAAUCUGCACUCAGAGGUUUCAAGAUGCUGGACAAUGAGUCCAGAGGAAUUAAAGAUGAUAGUAAAUUUCUUGAUUAUAUAUAUAUAUCUAUAAAGAGAGCAGCUGAAAAUUAACCAGUUGUUGGCUGUGUAGUUGAGAGGUUUAGAGUCAUAGAAGGGGCUGGGCUGGAAGGGACCUUCAAAGGUCAUCUGGCCCACCCCACCCUGCAGUAAGCAGGGACAUCCUCAACUAACCCAGGUCACCCAGAGCCCAUGUGCUGAUAUCUGUCUGUCAACCCUGGUUCAAAGCAACACCCACCUAGAGCACAGUGAUGGUUCAGUGGAGUCAGUUGAGAGAAACUCUUCAAUCUCCUUUUUUCCCUUCUUCCUCAGGAGUACAGUUCCUAGAGAAGAUCUUAGCUUUCUGCCUCCAAACCAGGCCCCAUUGCACUAAUGAGACACUACAGCCCAUCCCUAGCUAGAGUGGAGACACCACAGUUGUCUGCUGAGCACCAGGGCUGCCUGUGCAGCACCAAGGGAUGUCUGGAGUGGCUGAUUCUGGUGUGACAGAGCUGGGUUUAUAUGGUUUGAACUCCAGCAGGAGGCUUGUGGAUGUGCCUCAGCUCCCUGCCUGCAGUGCUGGAUUCUGCAGGGUGGCCUUGGUGUAGGGCAGGGCUGGCUUUGGCACAGGAGGUGCUGCUGCUGCUGUGGAGACUUUGGAGUGGAGUCCCUUGUGUCAGAGAUGCAGGGAAGAGAGAAAAUAAAGCUGGUGUGAGUCAGAUGA